CAAUGACUCCAAAGAGACGCCAUUACAGCUCAAAAUCCCCAAAUAAUUUAAUUUCCCAGAAAAUAGAAAAUUAAAAUAAACCCGAAAAUUUGUAUUCAAUCAAGUCGAAUUCUGCUAUUAUCGUGAUUAGAUGGAAGACUAUCAAGUGAAUCCCAAAUCCGAAUCGGUAGAAAUCGGAGCUCCGAAGUCCAGUCAGCCGAAUCCUCCUUCUCCGCCGGCGGAUGAUAAGGGACUUGAAGAUUGUAGAGAUCAUUCUAAAUCACUACCCAUUGUUGGCUUUGAGAGUAAAAUAACUGUUGAAUCUAGAGAUAACGAUGCUGAGUUACCUAGACCAGUUAAUAAGGAUGAACAAAAUAUGGAAUCAAAGGCUACACAGAAAAAUAUGGGAAAAUACUUCUAUUAUGACUCGCCGCAUUAUGAAUAUACCGGGGUUUGGAUACCUGUUUCGGUUCCACCAAUGAUGGAAGGCGAUAAUGAAGAGUGGGCAAGAGAGCUUCACACAAAUGGAGGUUACUUGCCAGAAGGUGACAUGGGAUGGAGCCAAUUCCUUAAGGAAGAUAAAGAGUUAACCAUGUGGGAUGUUAUAGUGGAGAUGUUACUUGUGGCCCGUGGAAAAGUAAGUGCUAUUGCUAAGGGAGAUAUUCAUAGAGUUAACUUUUCAUGGAUGUCAAACCAUCUACUUGAGCAAGCUUGGCAAGAGAUGGCUCAAACUCUCACUGAGGCCAACUUUGGUAAUGUAAGUGAACUUCUUGAAGCAGACCCACCAAAAUGGAUGGCUGAUAGUGCUGCUUCUGCUUGUAUGCUGUGUGGUGUGCGGUUUCAUCCUAUUAUGUGCUCCAGGCAUCACUGCCGGUUCUGUGGAGGAAUAUUUUGUGGUGAGUGUUCUAAAGGAAGGAGUUUGUUGCCUGCAAAGUUUCGAGUUUCAGAUCCCCAACGUGUCUGUGAUGUGUGCUGUGUGCGACUUGAUUCCGUCCAACCAUACUUGAUGAACCAAGUAAGUAAUGCUGCUCAGUUGCCAACCCAUGACCUGACAGACCUCAGUACAUUGAGAUCCUGGGUUAAUUUUCCAUGGGGACAGUCCAUGGAAUAUGAGAUUUAUAAGGCAACAAACACAAUUCGAGGUUAUAGUAAGGUUGGUUAUCUGAAGCCUGAGAAAUCAAUUCCAGAUGUCAUUCUACGACAAGCAAAAGGCCUUGCAGUACUAUCUAUUGCAAAAGUUGGGAUGAUGGUUACCUAUAAUAUUGGAACAGGGCUUGUAGUUGCUCGUAGAGAAGACGGCUCGUGGUCUCCACCAUCUGCCAUUUCUUCAUUUGGUGUAGGAUGGGGAGCUCAGGCUGGAGGAGAACUGACAGACUUCAUAAUUGUUUUGAGAACGAAUGAGGCUGUGAAGACAUUUACUGGUAAUGUGCAUCUCUCCAUUGGAGCUGGCUUGAGUGCAGCAGUUGGCACUGUAGGACGAGCAGCUGAAGCUGAUGUACGGGCUGGUGACGGUGGUUAUGCUGCUUGUUAUACAUACAGCUGCAGUAAAGGUGCAUUUGUUGGAUGUUCGCUGGAAGGAAGUAUUUUCACCACUCGCACACGAGAGAAUUCCCGGUUUUACGGCAGUCAAUCCAUCACUGCAUCAGAUAUACUCCUGGGCUCAAUGCCCAUGCCACCUGCUGCUGCUAUUCUUUAUCCGGCACUUGAAGAUCUAUAUCAGAAGUUUCAGAGAUGAUUAGUUUAGAGUCAGACUGAAAUUAUUUACUAGUAUAUAACGAAAAAGCAGUCCAUGGAGCAUGAGACCUUAUGUGGUCAAAGCGUCUAUGUAUAUGAUAGUUCUUUAGCCACGAUUUGUUGGGCUUGUAAAUAGCUGAUGUUCAAGUGUAUAGCGUGUCCUCAUAAAAUUGGUUUAUUAUAAAGCAAUGUGGUUCUCAUUCUUUAUAAAUGCCUAUUAUUGUUA